GCUGCUUCGCAGGAGAAGAGACGAGCGGAGCCACCCCCGCAAGAUGAGCUCCGAGAAAACAGGCUUACCGGACUCUGGGCCCCACACCUCCCCCCCUCCCUACAAUGCCCCACUGCAGCCACCCCCUCCCCCACCUGAUGCCCCCAAUAAUGCCCCCCUCAUCCCCGGUUACAGUGACCCACCGCACCUGCCCCCCCACUCUGGCACUGCCACCCUGCCCCGCCUCGGGGGGGCCGCCACCCUGCCCCGGCCGCCCCCCACCUCGGCCACCCUGCCCCGGCCCCCCCACCACCACUCAGCCACCCUGCCGCGCCUGCCCCCCGACCCCUACAUGCAGGAGACCCAGUUCAACGCCCCCCCCCAGGGGUACAUGGUCCAGACGCACCCGCCCAUGGGGACGCUGCCCAUCGGGGGGUACAUGCACCCCGGCUACCCUGUGCAGCUGCAGCCCUGCACAGCCUACGUCCCGGUGUACCCCGUAGGCACGCCAUACCCCCCCGGCAACCCUCCCCCGGGGGUCCCCCCCCCGCAGAUGCCCCCAGGAAUCGCCAUCCUGGAGCCGCGCCGGCCGCCCCACGACUACCUGCCCAUCGCGGUGCUCACCACCAUCUGCUGCUUCUGGCCCACGGGCAUCAUCGCCAUCAUCAAAGCCGUGCAGGUGCGGACGGCCGUGGCGCGGGGGGACAUCGUGUCGGCCGAGAUCGCGUCGCGCGAGGCCCGGAACUUCUCCUUCAUCAGCCUGGCCGUGGGCAUCGCCGCCAUGGUGCUGUGCACCAUCCUCACCGUCGUCAUCAUCAUCGCCGCCCAGCACCACGACAACGACUGGGACCCCUAGCCCCGCCCCCGGCCCCGCCUACCGCCAGCCCUGCCUAGCAACCGGGCCCCGCCCACCACCUGCCAACCGGGCCCGCCCAGCACCACGACAACGACUGGGACCCCUAGCCCCGCCCUUGCCCCGCCCACCGCCUGCCCUGCCUAGCAACUGGGCCCCGCCCACCGCCUGCCAACUGGGCCCACCCAGCACCACGACAACGACUGGGACCUCUAGCCCCGCCCCCGGCCCCGCCCACCGCCUGCCCUGCCUAGUAACCGGGCCCCGCCCACCGCCUGCCAACCGGGCCCGCCCAGCACCACGACAACGACUGGGACCCCUAGCCCCGCCCUUGCCCCGCCCACCGCCUGCCCUGCCUAGCAACCGGGCCCCGCCCACCGCAUGCCAACCGGGCCCGCCCAGCACCACGACAACGACUGGGACCCCUAGCCCCGCCCUUGCCCCGCCCACCGCCUGCCCUGCCUAGCAACCCGGCCCCGCCCACCGCCUGCCAACCGGGCCCGCCCAGCACAACGACUGGGACCCCUAGCCCCGCCCUUGCCCCGCCCACCGCCUGCCCUGCCUAGCACCUGGGCCCCGCCCACCGCCUGCCAACUGGGCCCUCGCACCACCACGACAACGACUGGGCCCUCUAGCCCCGCCCCCGGCCCCGCCCACCGCCUGCCCUGCCUAGCAACCGGGCCCCGCCCACUGCCUGCCAACCGGGCCCGCCCAACACCAUGACAACGACUGGGACCCCUAGCCCCGGCCCCGCCCACCGCCUGCCCUGCCUAGCAACCGGGCCCCGCCCACCGCCUGCCAACUGGGCCCGCCCAGCACCAUGACAACGACUGGGACCCCUAGCCCCGCCCCCGGCCCCACCCACCGCCAGCCCUGCCUAGUAACCGGGCCCCGCCCACCAUCUGCCAAAUGGGCCCACCCAGCACCAUGGCAACGACUGGGACCCCUAGCCCUGCCCCAGCCCCCCGCUGGCCCUGCCUAAUAACCAGGCCCUGCCCAGCGACCAGACCCCGCCCACCGUCUGUCCUGUCUAGCAACCGGGCCCCGCCCACCACCUGCCCUGCCUAGUAACCGGGCCCUGCCCAGCGCCCAGACCCCCCCCCCCGCCUGUCCUGCCUGCCAGCCAGGCCCCACCCACUGCCAGCCUCACCUGCCAACCGGCCUGAUAAUCCCCUGCAGAUGCCAUUACCCACAAUCCCCUGCAGCCCUCGCCCACCAGACCCACCGUCCCUCAGGCUCCCCAUGAGGCUUUGCAAGCCCUGCUCUAGCCAGCGACACCCACAAUCCCCUGCAGCCGCCACCCUCCUGGAUACCCAGAAGCCUUUGCAGCCCCACCCUCUCCUGGCUCCACCCCUGCAAAACCCCGCCCUGCCCCUCGGUCACCCCUGUAUCCAUGACAACACCCCCCCCGCCCAGCAGAACCUUUCCCAUGAUCCUCUGUAACCAUUGCCCCCAUCCCUCCCCGCUGGCAUCGUUGGCUCCGCCCCCCAGCAGCCCCACAGCCCCCCCAACUGAGCAAUUCCCAUAGUCCUUUGCGACUGUCAUUUCCCCCCUCGGCCUCUGGCCCCUAGGAACAAGCUCCGCCCCCUGGCCUCACCCCCUCCAAUGGAAUGCUACCCAUAAUGCUUUGCAGGCACAGCAUCCCCCCUGUCCUGGGUCUGACGCCACGCCCACAUCACUAGGCCACGCCCAUUGGCUCAGGCCACGCCCCCUGUCUUGCCCUAAAUAUAUUCCCGAGCUUCCCCAUCAGACCACGCCCCUCCAUAUCAGGCUCCGCCCCCUCAGCCCCCAAUAGCUUCAUGCCUUCGUUGCUCCCCCAAAGCCCCAGUUGGCUCCGCCUUCUUCAGAACAGGCUCCGCCCUCUUUCUUCCCUCUGGCCUUUCCCCACAGCCCCACCCCUUUUAGCCCCUCCCCCAUACACAUUUGGCUCCAGGUUGGAGGGGGGGUGCAAACCCCAAUACAUCACCGAGCCCCCAGCUGUACAUAGCAAUGAAACACCCCCCUUGGCAAGGUGUGACCCCCCCAGCAUGAGCCCCCCAAACCUGUGACGCAGCCCCCCCCCCAUGAGACCCCUCUUUUCCCACGCCCCCAAGCGAGUGAUGCUGCCCCUCCGGGACGCUCCCCUGUGGGGGAUUCCUGGUUCGGGGGACAGUGGGGGCAGGGAGGGGAGAAGUUUGAGGGUCCAAUGCUGCAUUUCUGGGGUUCAGGGUGUUUGACGUCUGGGGGCAGAAUCACUGGGGUGGGGGAGACACGGUUCAUGAUCAGUCUCCCCCACCCAGCACGCUGCCCCAAAGCCCAGACAUCUGGGGAGCCCUUGCAGUGACCCCAGAACAGGACAGGGGCGCUGGGCUAGCCGGGGGGGCUGUGGGCUGGGAGUGAGGGGCGCCGGCAGAGCUGGGGGGGGCCGUGCUGUAUGGUCCCUCGUAGCCCCCCUACAUGGCCCUGGUCCCUGUGCGAUCCGGCCCCCCGAUUCCU